AUGUCGGCCAAAAUCACGCCUCCUGCAGGAAUAGCCGAAUACUGCCAUCAGAAAGGUCAAGUUGCCCAGCAAGUGAGAGGAGCCUGGAAGUGCGUCCAAGUCUCCGACAUCUGCGGCCCUAGCGAAGACUUGAGCACCAUUCACCAAGAUCACGAUACGGGGGAAUGGGUCUGUUGUUCAAAAGGCCUCGAGGUGAAAGAUGGACGCUGUGUGAAGCCUCAACCCAAGUGUCCUCAGCCCACUGGAUUGUGCAAACCCCUUACUUGUACAAAGGCGGCAAAAUCUGCUGAAUUGGAGACGCUUCUCCGCCGAGCUUUUGCAGAAUGUUUUCCCUAUGAUGAGAUGCAUUUGGAUUCAUUCAUUCGGUACCAGAUGAACUCUCUAGAGACUGGAAUCAAUCUUUUUGAAAAAAUUCAUCAAGAUAAGAAAGAAGUGCCUAAGAAGCGCCAGUCACCGCCCCCAAGCCCUACCAGAGAAUGGUGGAAUUGUUCCUUCGAUAGCUCGCCCUGCAAAUGGCUUGCUCUCGAAAAUAAUAAUAUCCCCAAAAAGUUAUCAUCAACAGGCCACGACAGAAUGAUUCUACCUAAUCCAAACCAGCAGCUCUCUCAUUACAUCUAUCCCUUCGAUAUGUGGGUGACAAAGCUUGGUGGAGGACAGUUGACGCUUUAUAUCAACGGCAAGCAAAUUCAGCCGCAUGGCUCCGGUCUGGACUUUUUAAUUCCGGCUGGAACCCACGCCGAUGACGUUUGGUACAAGUCUGAAACAGGUGCCAUGAUUCACUUUUACGGAUCGUGCUCUGCAUAUAACCCAUGUCUAGGAAGAGAAGUCUUACCUUGGACUAGAGGUGUUUCAAAUAAACGAUUAGGCCAAGAAGGAGAGAUUCAUGUGGGCCAGUACGAUACCGACCUGGUGCUUACUAUCGCUGAUACUGAGACAACUUCCGAACAAUACACCGUUUUCAUCGACGGCGUGAAACUUGGCACUACACAUGGCAGGCUCACUUUAGGCGAAGAAAAAUACAAGAGAGCCAACAUCCAUAUGGUCGAUGUGGGAUCUGGUGCAGCCGGAGCUCUACGAAGUAUUGCGAACGAUGGGUUCUGGGGAUCAUUCAAGAUUCCGAGAGGAACUAAGAAGAUUACUAUCGUUGAUGAUUCGUCUGACUUUGAUUUCGCCUUUGAGUACCGUCUGGAUAAAGCAUGUGUCUGCUAA